AUGGGACGCAGGUCUUCAGACAUUGAAGAAGAAAGCAAAAGCAAGAGAAAAAAGAAACAUCGGAGGCGGUCAUCUUCAAGCAGCUCUUCAGACAGCAGGACGUACAGCCGCAAGAAGGGCCGGAGGAGGCCAAGGUCGGAGUCACGAUCCUGGUCUAGAGACCGCCAGCCUCGCUCACAUUCUUAUGAGAGGAGAUGCAGGCGCAGACCUCGUCCACGCUCACAUAGUAGAAGCAGUGGAAGAUCCAGUCACAGAAGAACUCGUAGUAGGUCCAGGGACAGAGACAGACGUAAAGUUCGGGACAAAGAGAAGAGAGAAAAGGAGAAGGAUAAAGGCAAAGACAAAGAGGCGCACAGCAUCAAACGCGGGGAUUGUGGAAACAUCAAAGUCGGAUUAGAACAUCUGCCUCCAGCUGAGCAGGCCAAAGCCAGACUUCAAUUGGUCCUUGAAGCUGCUGCAAAAGCUGAUGAAGCAUUAGAAGUCAAAGAAAGGAAUGAGGAAGAAGCAAAGAGAAGAAAAGAAGAAGACCAAGCCACCCUGGUAGAACAAGUAAAAAGAGUAAAUGAAAUUGAAGCAAUUGAAAGUGAUUCUUUUGUUCAGCAGACAUCCAGAUCAAGUAAAGAUGUCAAAAAGUCGGUAGAGCCAAGUGAGCAUGUGACUCCAGCAUCAGGACCAGCAUCAGUAGCUGCUGACCCACCCAGCACUGGAAAGGAAAUAGACUCUGACAGCAUCCCCAUGGCUAUCAAGUACCAAGAUGACAAUUCUCUAGCUCAUCCAAAUUUAUUUAUUGAAAAAGCUGAAGCUGAGGAAAAGUGGUUCAAGAGAUUGAUUGCUCUCCGACAAGAAAGACUGAUGGGCAGUCCUCUGGCCUAGGCAGUAGACUUAUGGUCAG